AUGAAGCAGAGCCCAGCUACCGGGCCCACCGAGGAGUCCUUUCCCGAACCGUCACCUUCGCCAACACCCACAAAUCAGCCGCUGUCGCUCGAACCCACAAGCGUAGAGCCGAGCUCGUCCCCUACCCGCGCCCCGGCCACUACCCCUGGCCCGUUCCUGCCGACGGCAAAACCCACCGCGCGUGCGGUAGCCCCGAGUAGUCACCCGACGACAGCGGUCCCUCUUGCGUGCCCCGAACCUUCGAAGACUACACCGGCACCGACGCCGUUGCCGGAGGUAGUUUCUACCCCGCCAAAUGUUGACCGUACCCUCGGACCGACUGCAAUGGAGGCCACCGCUGCGCCCACAGCUGGAGGAGAGGGUAGCGCCCAACCUGUCGUUUAUCGGAACGUCGGGCCCACCCUGACUCCAGCACCGGCGUCUGAAGCACCGACGUGCGCCCCAACCCCUGGGCCCAACGCAGAAAGCGCUGUGGAGCUUACGCUUAGUCCAACCCCCCCAUUCGCGCCAACCCCGCCACCGACAACUAUGUCCCCGGCUGGGACAGGAGCACCCGCGGUGAAUGUAAUGGUCGAUAACUUAACGGGAGUUGGGUAG